UCAGCCACUUGUCCAGCUCUGACUCAGUUAACUCCGACCUCUCUCUCUCCGGCGAUUCUGUUCAGCUCUUGGCUCAAGCUUAGAUUCACAGAUUUCUCAAUCUUAGUUUCUCUACUUCAGAGCAUCGCAUCGCAUCGCAUCGCAUCGCAUCCCCCAAGCAUUUGGAUCAUCGAUCAGAGGUUCGCGAAUAGUAAGAAGAUACUUGAUGAUGCUAUGGAGGAUCUUGGGCUAUUAUCACCACUAAGACAAGGCGGCAGCUUCAAGUCUUCGCCUCCAAGGGGCUCACCUACGUUCAGGAGAGUACAUUCUGGCGGGAGGACUCCACGCAGAGAGGUCAACAAAGCUAGCGUCGGCGGAGGAGCUCUUCAGUGGUUCAGAACCAACCGUCUUCUCUACUGGCUGCUUUUGAUUACUCUCUGGACCUAUCUUGGAUUCUAUGUCCAGUCCAGGUGGGCGCAUGCGCAUGAUGAUGAUAACAAACUCGAGUACUUGCGUUUUGGAGGCAAACUUAGGGAGGAUGCUUUGCAUGUGGAGCAGAGUUCUCACACUCUAGUUGAUGGUACCAAUGUAGUACAUGUAGAUGUUAAUAAGAAGAUGCAUGUGGCUCUCGCCAAGAAAGUGGAUGACGCCACGCCUCGACGAAGCUUGAGUGCCAAGAGGAGGAGGAGGAGGAGAAAGACUCAGAAGGUGAGAAAAGUGGUGGUGGAGGAUUCGGAUGAGCAAGAAGAUCCAGAGCUUCCCAAGACGAACGUUACCUACGGUAAGCUUUUCGGUCCUUUCGGAUCGCUAGAGGAUAGGAUACUCGAGUGGAGUCCGCAGAAGCGGUCAGGGACGUGCGACAGGAAGUCAGACUUUAAACGACUUGUUUGGUCAAGGAGAUUCGUCCUGCUUUUCCAUGAGCUAUCGAUGACCGGUGCUCCCAUCUCGAUGAUGGAGCUGGCUUCCGAGCUUAUGAGCUGUGGCGCAACGGUCUACGCAGUGGUUCUGAGCAGAAGGGGUGGUUUGUUGCAAGAGCUUGUAAGGAGAAAGAUCAAAGUGGUUGAAGACAAAGGAGAGCUCAGCUUCAAAACCGCAAUGAAAGCAGAUCUCGUCGUUGCGGGAUCAGCUGUUUGUGCUACAUGGAUUGAUCAAUACAUGGAUCACUUUCCAGCUGGUGGAAGUCAAAUAGCUUGGUGGGUAAUGGAGAACCGGGGAGAGUACUUUGAUCGGGCGAAGCCUGUGCUUGACCGUGUGAAGCUGCUUAUUUUUCUAUCUGAAGUACAGAGUAAACAAUGGUUAACAUGGUGCGAAGAGGAGCACAUAAAGCUUAGGUCUCAGCCAGUUAUCGUUCCUCUCUCCGUUAACGAUGAGUUGGCUUUUGUAGCCGGGAUUUCAAGUUCGCUGAAUACUCCAGCACUGACCACAGAGAUGAUGAAGGCGAAAAGACAAACGCUACGUGAAUCCGUCAGAAAGGAGUUUGGUUUGACAGAUAAGGAUAUGCUUGUGAUGUCUCUAAGCAGCAUUAACCCGACGAAAGGACAGCUUCUUCUCCUUGAAUCUGCCGCCUUGGCACUAGAGAGAGAAAAGGAACAUGAACACAUCAGUGGCAUCAAGAAAGAAAAUGUUAGUCUUUCAGUCAGACACCGGUUAAGAGGUUCAUCACGGAAGAUCAAAAUCAAGUCUCCAGCUCUUGACGACCCGUCUGCUCUGUCUGCCACCGGUAAAAGGAAGCUGUUGUUGUUCUCUGCCAACGUAACACGGAAACGAGAGUUUAAGCUUCUUCUCGGAUCAGUUGGGUCAAAGAGCAACAAAGUUGCGUACGUUAAGGAAAUGUUGAACUUCUUGUCAAAGAAUGGAAACUUAUCGAACUCGGUUGUGUGGACUCUAGCGACCACUCGUGUUGCCUCACUUUACUCUGCAGCAGAUGUCUACGUAACAAACUCCCAGGGAAUUGGUGAAACAUUUGGGAGAGUGACUAUCGAAGCAAUGGCUUAUGGUCUUCCGGUGCUUGGAACAGACGCAGGAGGAACAAGAGAGAUAGUGGAGCACAAUGUUACAGGUCUGCUUCACCCGGUGGGGAGGCCAGGUAACAAAGUGUUGGCUCAGAAUCUAUUGUUUCUUCUUAGAAACCCAUCUACAAGACUACAGCUAGGAAGCGAAGGACGCAAGAAGGUUGAGAAGAUGUACAUGAAGCAACACAUGUACAAGAGAUUUGUGGAUGUUUUAGUCAAAUGCAUGAGACCCUAAGUGUGUACUACUUGCCCUUCUCCUUUAUUUUGCUUUAGUUACUUGUUCAUGAUCCAGGAUAAAUAAAACCCCAAUUCUUAUCAAA